GCUGGCAGUCAAUAAAUCCAACAACUUGUUGCUGCGAGAUUGCUGCUUGCGUCGCAAACUUGCAGCAUACGAGGCAGACGCACCGGCUACUGAUUCAUCGUAACGCCUGUCGCCGCGGCACAAAGCUCUCUCCACGACGAUGUGCCGCUAUCUCGCAUUGGCUGCAGCAGCCUCCGCCCUCGUGGCGCCGUCGAUGCCGACGACGAGGCCAAGGACCGCGCUACACGCGCAGACGGCGGAGUUCGCGCAGCCGCUGUGGGGCCGGGAUAAUUUUGACGACGUCGACGAGUCCAGUGAUACGAUGAAAUGUACGGUAUAUAACAUCGGCGGCGAGCUGACCCAGGUGCUGUCGCUGACGUGCAGCAAGCAGCUCCCGAUGAUUCCCCAUGUUGGUGUUAGAUUGUACGGCACGGAAUACUUUUACAGCGACGUGAUCGAGUCGCGGCCCGUCGCCGUGAUGCAGGACAUGCUCGAGGACUUCCCCCAGGUGUCCUUUGAUUUGGGGCCCGCGACGAUCACGGAGCAGGAGCUCGAGGAGUGGAUCGCGUCGGACGCUUUGCAAAGCCAGUGGCAGCCCGAGUCGUACAACGUCUUCGACCACAACUGCAACCACUUCGCGCGCGUCAUCUGCGACAAGGUCACGGAGAACGGCCUCGAGGAGUCGCUCAUGCGACCAGUCAUCGCCGUCACCGAGGAAAUGCUCUCGGAGCUGCCGGAGUGGCGCAAGAACCUGGGCAAGGGCUUCAUGAACCAGAUCACGCGGCUCGUCGUCGUCUCGUGGGGCCGCGCGACGCGGGCGAAGAAGAAGGCGCUCGCGGAGCAGAAGAAGCUCGAGGAGGGGGGAAGCAUGAUGACCUAAGUUUUUCUGGACUGCG